AUGACAAGCACAGACAUGGCAGGCUCGGAGGAUGAGUCCGAGUGGGAGUACGAGUACGACACCAAUGUGGUCGACGAUUUCUACUUGACCCUCGAUUUGACAACGCACAUCCCACCCGCCCUUGCUAGAGACAGGCGCACGAAAGCUCAAAAGUCGACAACUCGCGGAUCUAACAAGAGUCUUGCCAAUGCCCCUGGUACCCCCGAGUCUGCUACCAAGGACGGCGCAACUCAAGAUGACCAUGGAGAAUCAGCAAACACAACAACUGAGCGCAUGCAGAUUGUCGGCUUGCAUGACAGAAAUCCUAUCAUCUCCUACAACAACUCCAUCUACUCAUGCCAAUGGGCCACCGAUCUAGCUACUCAAAUCUUUCUUGCCCCGCCGCCGACAGACUUCGAUCCCGACCACACAGCUCUUCGCUCCACUCCUUCUUUCGACGUCUUGGGCACGAGCGCUGCUCGACUUGUCGCAAUACCAGCCAGCAUCCAACCUCGAGAAACCGCUGCCCCGAGUGCCAUCAGAGCCGCUUAUGCUGGUCCCGAGACUAUAUACACAACAGCCGAGGGAGACGUCAUUGAGCACACCACAGCCCAAGGCUUGCGCAUUGCUCUCCCUUCAACCGCUAGUGCUCAACGGACAAGCCAGGCUAAGUUCCUGGAAGCCCUGUCCGCUAUCAAGGCUCGUCGCGGUGACCAGGAUGCUGUGCCUGUCACAAACAUCAAGGUCUACCAUCCACCCGAAGGCUGGGAGGAAGAACGUGCGGACUACAUCGAGAAGGAGAGCGCACGUAGCAAGAAGGACAAGGCAGAGGCAGCCGCACGCGCAAAAAGAGAAAAGGCAGAACAAACAGCUCGACUCACCAGACUGAACCGACGUCCCGCAUAUGCUCGCCCAAACCCUGAAGAGGAUGCUGAAGAAGAAGGCAGUGGAGAUGAAAACGAGGACGAUGCAAACAAGGACGCUGAUGCCGAUGGCAACAAGCUAGUCACGCGCAAGAGAAGAACACUAGCUCGUGGCGGUGCUCGUGGAGGCGCUCCAAGCGGCAAAAGGUUGCGCCAGAGCUUGGGUCUGCCCGAGGCCAGACGUGACUCAAGACCCAAGGGUCGUCCACGCAAGAAGAGAAAGAUAGUCGCAGCACCUGAUGCAGUUACUGAGACCAACGAAGAUACGCCUGCUGAAGCAGCUUCCACUGCUGCAGGACCUAGUCAAGAAGGGACGAGCACACAAGCCGAGCAAGAAGACACAAGCAUGGCCGAGGGCGGUACUACCCAAGAUGCUGAUGAUGGUGCUGCUGGAGAUUAG